GGGAAUAAUGUCACAAGAACCAUUGCAAUAUUUGCCUCCGGAGAGAUGGGACGAGCUUCAAAAUGUCUUCAGAAAAGACUGGACAAGAGGAGUUUCUGGAUACACAGUGAUAGAUAAUCAGAGGAGAUGGAUAGCGAAAGGGAUUAAAUACGAUAUGCGAAUCUAUUGCCCUUUUGGUGAGGUCCAAAAUGGAAUGGUGGCGUUAAACGAGAAGCAUUCAUUCUACGAAAUAAUAAUUCAGUGUCCGAAUGACGAUACAAGUAAACUAGCAGCUGCAUUGAAAACUACCAAAUUAAUAGACUGGACGAGAGCUAUCAAGGUGCCAUUUGCUCCGUACCAUGUGAUCAAUAUGCUGAAAGAAGUCGUUGAUGAUGUUAAUGUGGAGAUAGAACUCAUUUUACCUUCGGAUACGUUUAUGUUGGAUGCUCAAACAUUGUAUGAUAUCAGCUUACCCGACGGCAUAACCUUCAAAUUCCUGACAAAUGAGUACUUAGACCUGGUGGACUCUACGUGGCCUCAUCGCUACCCUACAUCAGCAUCUUACUUCGAACUCCUCAUUAAUUUGAAGUGUGGUUACGGCCUUUAUAAUGACAAGACCUUACUAGCAUGGGUCCUUAUUAACGAAUCAGGGAACCUGUUACACCUAUAUACUGCUGAAAGUCAUAGACAGAAAGGCUAUGCAGAACUGCUAUUGAAAUUAGUAAGUAAUGAACUGAUUAAAGAAGGAAGAAUUGUGAACGCAUAUUGUCUGCUAGAUAACUACAGCGCAUGUAAGCUGUAUAAAAAGGCAAGGUUUUGUAAUGCUGGAGAAAUUGCAUGGGUUUAUUUGAAGCCAAAAUAAAAUGGAGUUUUGAGAGUU